AUCCUCUUUGUUUUAUACUGCAUAGUAGGAGCCGAGAGGCUGUCAUGGGUAAAGAAAUGGCGCCAAAAAUGCGUCAAGACCAUAAAUAUGGAGUCAGACUUGUCGGUUGAACCAGAGAAGCGCCCAAUCCCGGAACCGAUGAUUGAUAAGAUUGAAGGUGUCACAGUUCUGAUUGUCCCUGCCUGUUCCACGUCUUUUAACAAGCAAUCGCAUGUGAGCCUCCUUCGUCUGGCUUUGAGGGGAGUAUUUGGCCCUUCACAGUCCCAACGAGCGCUUACAUGUGGUGCUCGCUUCGAAAUUCUAGUCGCAGGGGCUUUGUUGGUGCUGGCGCACCUCUAGCUGGCCCGGUAGCAUCCGCACACAUCCCCGGCUAAUCCGACUCCGUGGGAAUUUGCGCGACAACAAUUUGUUAUGUCCGAGUUCAACCCUAGCCGGUAUUGACUGCUUCGCUUCGCUCGCAAUGAACGAGCUCCCAACUGAACUGGUCGACCACAUCAUCGAUUUUGCCCUGUAUCAUAGUGGGAACUCAAAGGCAAACGCCCUCAACCUUGCUCUCGUAUCGAGAACGUGGACCCCUCGGUCUAGGUACCACUUCGAGCUAUCAUUGGACGAAUCCCGAGUCAAAUUUCAAAAACUACGGACAUUCACCGAAUUGUGUCAACAUCCUCUUUCGACGCUCAAAUUUAUAGGAGCCUUGCGCGUAUCUAAUGUUGGAAAUACUCGCAUAGGCUUAAAACGGAGUCCUCUGGACCAUACUGCCGCUAAUGCCUGGUUCUCAAGGCGCUUUCACGCUAGGAGAAGUGGCCAUAUUUUAGAGAGCGUAUUCACACAUGUGCAUAGACUCACAAUCGAUCGUGUCGGGUGGUGGACUUUGAACGACAUGGCUCGAAAUAGUCUGAAUAAUGGCUUUCGCUUGGUCACUGAACUUGACCUACGCCAUGUCAGUUUCACGGACUUUCGGCAGUUUUCUGAAUUGAUUUGCUCCUUUCCUUUACUUGAAAGACUGCAUCUCAUCUUGCAGCAGCCAUUCCCGACAAUAUCUGAAAUGGGCCAACCCACCAAUCAUCUCAACCUGCAACUCCCGCCCAAUCUCUAUUGCAUCGACAUCACAACAAUAGAUGUCGCUACUCUCCAAGGAAUUUCAACGCUUACGCCAUGCCGUUCACUUCGUCAAUUUCACUGGCGUUCAAAUGUAUUUUACCAGAUGGAAGAGGAAUGUCGUAUCAUUGGGAUGUUUCUAGAGUCUGCUGGAAGCUCGCUUGUUGAUCUUUCACUAACGUUCAAUGUGGAUGUGUUGAGCAACAAUAUCAGGAUAAGAAAACCCCCAUCGGAAGUAGCUAGUGAGUGGCACCUUGAAUUUAUUUUUCACUCACUGACAUCCAAAUCCAGUUCAACAGUUCAAACGCUUCCAUGACUGUGUGAACCUAGCCAACAACCCAUCUCUUCAACGUCUCACUCUCGACAUUCGCCCAGACCCAUAUUUGGUACUUUUUCUCCAACACGCUCUUCAUAAUGAACAAGCACUCGGUGUGCGAUCGCUUUCUGUCCCAUUUUUAGAAAAUAUUAUCUUUUCAUUAAAUACUCGAAUCCUCCCCAAGGGCGGACUGACAGAAAUCGA